AUGGCGCUCCGUAUAACGACGAGGCAGCUGUGCCAGAAGCUUCCUAAGAGCAGCGCAAGCUUCCAGCAGAUCGCACUUCAGAGACGGCACCUGGCCACUACGUCAGCGCCACCAGUCACGCAAAAUGCGACCGGAUCCAAGGGCCCAACGGCCAUGGUCUUCCUCAACAUGGGUGGUCCAUCAACCACGGCUGAGGUUGGCGACUUCCUGAGCCGCCUGUUUUCCGACGGCGAUCUCAUCCCACUUGGUCGAUUACAAAACUACCUUGGUCCGUUGAUCUCGGCGCGCCGUACACCCAAGAUUCAGAAGCAAUACGAUGCCAUUGGAGGUGGGUCACCUAUCCGAAAGUGGUCCGAACACCAAUGCGCCGAGAUGUGCAAGAUUCUCGACAAAAUCUCUCCCGAGACGGCCCCUCACAAGCCGUACGUCGCUUUCCGCUACGCGGAACCUCUCACCGAAAACAUGUAUAAGCAAAUGCUCGAGGAUGGAUUCGGCGGUGGAAAGGGUGGUCGAGCUGUGGCGUUCACUCAAUACCCGCAAUAUUCUUGCUCAACAACCGGCAGCAGCAUCAAUGAACUGUGGAAGUGGCGCCACCGGUUGGAAGGCAACACAAGAGCAGAAACCGAGGGUGCGAUCAAUUGGAGUGUAAUUGACCGCUGGCCGGUGCACCCGGGUCUGGCCAAGGCAGUUGCGCAAAACAUCCAGGCGAAGCUCGCUGAAUAUCCCGAAGAACGCCGGAAGGACGUCGUUCUUCUCUUUUCUGCUCACAGUCUGCCCAUGUCUGUUGUCAAUCGAGGCGAUCCAUAUCCUGGCGAAGUCGCCGCCACGGUCUAUGCCGUAAUGCAAGAAUUGAAGUUCUCCAACCCAUACCGCAUUAGUUGGCAGUCGCAGGUCGGUCCCAGCGCCUGGCUGGGUCCGCAGACUGCAGACACUGUCUCGAGUUAUGUUGCACGUGGUCAGACGGACAUGAUCCUGGUCCCGAUCGCCUUCACAUCGGAUCACAUCGAGACUCUAUAUGAGCUUGAUGAGGAGGUCAUUGGCGAAAGCGGGCACAGUGAUACCAUCAAACGAGCGGAUAGCUUGAAUGGCAGCCCCAUCUUUAUCGAGGCCCUCGCCGAUAUCGCGAAGCAGCAUCUCCAUAGCGGCGAUGCUUGUUCGAAGCAAAUGCUCCUGCGCUGCCCUGGGUGCAAGAGCGAGCGCUGCGGAGAGUCAAAGAGGUUCUUUGCUCAAGGACAGGGCCCUGUACAUUAG